AUGGAUAUUCCAUUAAAAUCACAACCUAAAGUAUCUACAGUUAGUUUAUUAGAUGAUUCUAAAUUUCAAAUUUCAAAAAAUUGCCAUCAUCAUGACUCAACACCAACAAUUACAGAAUUAGAUAUACCUAAAUCCCGAAGAUCCAGUAAAUCACCAAGUCAAUUAAAUUCAAAUUUUUCUUAUCGUUCAACUAGACGUUUUUCCGAAACUGAAAAGAAUAAUUUUGAUAAUGAAACUGGUCAUAGAAUAUAUGAAGAUGGAAAAAUACGGCCGCAGGUAAAUGACUACGACGUUGUUGAUGAAUCACCACCUAAAUUAUAUUCAAGAUCUCAUGAUUUUAACAUAGAUGAUAAUUAUCAUUUUAAUAAAGGAUUAGAAGAUGAAUAUAUCCCGGGUGUAGAUUUUGCAGACAUGAUAUAUAAAUGGAAUAACAAUAAUAAUAACAAUGUUUCAGAUAAUGAAUUGAGUAGGUUUACAACUACCUCCACUACAAAUCCAAAUUCAAUUUCAAAUACACCAAGGUCAAAAGAAGCAUCAUAUUUAGAUUUAAAUUUGUUACAUGCAAAAGUUGCACCCCAACCAAUUAAAUCAAAUAAUCAACCUACAAAUCAAUAUUCAUUUCUGAAAUUACAUGAUUAUAUAAAGAAAAACCAUAAGAUAAAAGAUUCAGAAGAAGUAGCCCCAGAAACUGAAGAAGAAAUCACCGAAUUAACACCAGAUAAUAUAAAUAAAAGUAAUGAUACAUUAAAUGAGUCAAACAAAAACAAACGUGAAUCAAAUUUCACCAAUCGUAGCCUGAAGAAACCAAAAUCAGCAAUUGAUCCAGUCACUGGAGAUAUCAAUUAUGAAUUAAUUCUAAAUAGUCUACCUCCCAAUUUUACUGAUUUACCAUAUUCACAACGUAAAAAAUUAGUUCAAUCAUAUUCUGAUUCAAUUGAUUAUUCCCAAUUUAGUUUAUUUGCUAAAAAUUAUCUUGGUACUUCUAUAGGGUCAAGUUCAGGUGGUAAUAAAACUCCAAGAAGUGGUUCAAUAGGUGGAUAUAAUUCAAAUAAUAAUAGUUUUGUAAGAAAACUGAGAAUGGGAAGUGUUAAUACAAUUGCAGGUAGAUUAUUAGCUCGAACUUCAACAACGGAUUUAAAAACAUUACCAGAAUUAAAUAAACCAAAAUAUAAUGUUGAUGAAAAAGGAGCAUUUGUAAUGGGUCAUGAAUUGGGAAAAAUUAUAGGAUUUGGAGCAUGGGGUACUAUUAGAGAAUGUGUAGAUAAAGAAGGAAAUGUAAGGGCAAUUAAGAUUGUUAAAUCAACGAGAGAGAAUAAUAGUUCAAGAUCAAAUUCAAGAAAUAGUUCAAGAACAAACUUACAUGAUGAUUUAGAGAAAUGUUUAAAAGUGUUAGAGGUAUUCAAAAAGGAAAUAUCCAUAUGGAAAACAUUACAUCAUGAGAAUAUUUUACCCUUAAUUGAUCACAUUGAGACCGAAGACGCUAUAUUUUGUAUAAUGAAUAGAAUUAAUGGAGGUACAUUAUUUGAAUUGGUCUCAUCAUGGGGUUUAUACAAUUCAGGAAUCAAUACAACUUCCGGAUCACUUGAAUUUUCAAUAAAACAACAAAGAGAACGAUUAGCUAAAGUAGUUGAAUGUACUAAACAAAUAGUAAAAGCUUUAUUAUACAUGCAUGAAGAAAAAGGAAUAGUUCAUGGUGAUAUCAAAUUAGAAAAUGUAUUAGUUGAAAAAGAUAAAUCAGGAAAUUUGAAAAUGAUAUUAUGUGAUUUUGGAAUGUCAAGAAUAUACAGCUCAAGAAUAAGUAGAAAAAAUUCAAUUAAGAAAAUACCAACAUAUAAUCCAGAUAAUGAAGUUGAUGAAGAUAUGUUAAUGAUGAGAUCAAAAUCAUCAAAUACAGAAAUAAGAAAACCUUAUAAUGGAGGAGAUACAAAAAAUACUCGAAAUUUAAAUAUUAAAGAUGAUUCAAAUAUAGGUAUUGUUGGUAAUUUUUUUAAAAAUCAUGGUCCUUCAUUACAAUCAGUACCACUAACUCCAGACAUCUCACCAACUACAUCUACCCCAAAUGGAACCAAUUAUUUUCAUCUUCCAAGAAAACAUUGGGCCAAAUAUUCAAAUUCACAACAUCAUGAUCAAGAAGGUGUUGAUUCAAAUUUACCACAUUCACAUAUUGGAUCAUUACCUUAUGCAUCACCCGAAUUAUUACAACCAUCUCCACCUCCAUUGGGACCUCUGGCUGAUGUUUGGGCAUUGGGUGUGUUGAUAUUUGCUAUGUGUGUAGGUAAAUUACCAUUUCAACAUCAAUAUGAACCUAGAUUAAGAGCGACCAUAACAGCUGGGAAAUUUAAUAAAUUAGAUUUGGAAAAAGCUUGUUUAAUAGAAUGGAUAUUUAAAGAAGAGAAAAAGAGAAUGAAGAAAGAAGAUGGUGCAAAUGUUGAUGAUUCUGAUGGAAUACCUGCUUCUGUAUUAUUACAAUCUCUGUCAAUGGUAGAUUUGAAAAGACAAGAACAAUUAGUUAAUUUACAAGCUGAAUGGAAACAAUAUACUCAAGUUCAUGAUAAAGAAUUUGAAUGGUUAUAUGAAAUUGUAAUUGGCUGUUUAGAAUUAAAUAUUACUAAAAGAUGGGAUAUGGAAAUGAUUAAUGAUUACUUGGAACAAUAUGCUCCAUGA